ACUCUAGGAACAAUAAUCAGAUGUAACACGGACACAUUAGUGUGUGACACGUGGUGCCAGUACCAUGUGGAAGGGGACAUGUUGAGUCUGUAGUGGCGCUGUUAAACGGUUGUAACGUUAGAUAAAAUGUAAUGUUUUCUUGCAGCAUAAGUAAGUAGAAGUAGUUAUUAUUUCUCUGUUGCUUAAAUCCAGCAGCUCUACAUAUCGCUGAAUUAUGGGGAAAUCAAAGACCAAGAACCAGAAAAAAGCCCGAGCAACAGCCAACCAUGUGGCCGAGGAGACCUAUGGAGCUGUCCCCCACUCCUUCGUGUUUCAUCGGGGUCAGAUCGGAAAAAAUGUGGGUCAGCUCAUCCUGGACAUGCGGAGAGUCAUGGAGCCCUACACCGCAGAGACUCUGAAGGUUAAGAAAAAGAAUGUGCUGAAAGACUUUGUGGCAGUUGCAGGGCCACUGGGAGUGACACACUUCCUGAUCUUCAGUAAGACACCCAGCAGUAUCAACAUGAGACUUGCUCGACUACCAAAAGGUCCCAUGCUUCAUUUCAAAGUGCACAAGUACUCACUUAUCAAAGAUGUGGUUUCAUCUCUGAAGAAGCACAGGAUGCAUGAGCAGCAGUUCACACAUCACCCACUACUCAUCCUCAAUAACUUUGGAUCUGAUGGCAUGCACAUCAAGCUCAUGGCCACCAUGUUCCAAAACAUGUUUCCUUCCAUCAAUGUGCACAGGGUAAACCUCAACAACAUCAAGAGGUGUGUGCUGCUGAAUUACAACCCAGAGUCUCAGGAAAUUGAAUUUCGACAUUACAGCCUAAAGGUAAUCCCUGUCGGCAUGAGCCGUGGAGUCAAGAAGCUGAUGCAGGAGAAGUUUCCCAACAUGAGCAAGUUUGAGGAUAUUAGUGAGCUGCUGAUGAAGGGAGCGAGCCAGUCUGAAAGUGAAGCAGAACAGGAUGGGGAGCACAACAUAACUGAACUGCCGCAGGUCUACUCUGGGAGAGGCAACAUGGCGUCCCAGCAGAGUGCUGUUCGUCUGACUGAGAUUGGUCCUCGCAUGACUCUGCAACUGAUGAAGAUCCAAGAAGGCAUGGGAGAGGGAAAUGUCCUUUAUCACGCCAUGAUCUCCAAGACAGAGGAGGAAAUACAGGAGAUUCUGAACAGGAAAGAGGCCCAGCUGAAGGAGAAGGCAGAGCGGCAGAAGAAGCAGGAGCAGAAUGUUGCCCAGAAAAAAGCAAAACGAGAAGAGCACAAGAAAAAGAGCAUGAAAGGCAUUAAGCGGAAAUGCACUGAAGCUGAAGAGGACAGUGAGGUGGAGGACCCUGGGGUGCAAGAUGAUCAGGCAGCUGCUGCCGAAUCUGAUGAUGAGGUGGAGUACUACAGACAAGCUGUAGGAGAGGAGCCAGAUGAAGACAUGUUUCCUAGUGCCAAGAAGAGGCAUGCGUCACAAAAGACUCAUGGACCAGCCAAGAAGAGGAAGCUCUCUCCUGGCAAAUCAAGAAGAGACAAAGAUUCUAAAUCGCCAAAGAGAGAUGGCCCAGGAGGACGGCACAGAGACAAACCAGGACGAGGCGGGAAGAAAUCCAGUGAUGGGGAGAAACCAUUUGGCAAGAAAAUGAAGCCUGGUGGAAAGACAUUCAGAGCCAAGAAAUCUGGGGAUAGCGACAAUAAAUUUGGGAGGAAGAAGAAAUUUGGAGGGAACAAAACAUUUGUAAAUAAAAACAAGGAUAAACUGAUCCGUUCUACGGGUCAGAAAGGCAAGCUGAGCUUCAAGAAGAAAGGAGCAAAGCAAGGCUUCAUACAGAGGAAGAGGAAGGGGAAAGCUGAAAGCAAGAUGCAGAAAAAUUUCACUAUCUGUGAGAAGUUUCAAACAGGCCUGCUGCCCUCAAUGUUUGGGAUUGAGUUCAUUGUGGCCCUGGCAGGAAAUCUGCUCGCCCUGUGGCUGCUGGUGGUCAGAGAGAGAAGGAACUGGCACCCAGGUGUUGUCCUGUCUUGUAACCUGGCCAUCAGUGACCUGCUGUAUGUCCUGACCCUGCCUUUGCUGAUCGUUUACUAUUCACUGGAGAAACACUGGGUGUUUGGUAAUGCUGCGUGUAAAAUUGAGAAGUUUCUUUUUACAUGCAACCUGUAUGUGAGCAUCUUCUUCAUCAUGACAAUAAGUGUGAACCGAUGUGUGGCCCUCGCCUGUCCCUUCUUUACCCGGUCCUAUAUAGAGUCUGCCCAUGCCAAGACCAUCAGUGUCAUCAUCUGGCUCAUUGUGGGAGUCAUUUCCUGCCCCAUAUUGAUAUUUGCCUCCGUUUGCCCCAAAGAAACCAGCAACAAGACUGAAUGUGUGUCAUUCUGUGACAACCAUCAUGAGUUUCCCCACUUCGCUUAUAAAAUGUUUCUUGCUGUGUUUGGUUGUGUUGUUCCUUUUUUGGUUACUUUCACUUCUUACUGUGUGGUAAUUAGGCUGGUGUGGAAAAAUGUGAGUAUAACCACACUGGAGAAACGCAAGAUUGCCCUGAUGGUCAUAUCGGUGCUUGUUUUGUAUUCCAUUUCCUUUGUGCCUUACCAUGUCUCUCAGCUCGGUCACUUGUAUUGGAGAAUCUACUAUCCCAGCAGCUCUGACUGCAGGUUCUACAAAAUAUAUCAAGUGUCCAAGGGACUGGCAGCUCUAAACAUGUGCAUCCACCCAAUCCUUUAUAUGGCCCUGUUUGACAGUAUUAGGGUGUUUUGUUGUGGGAACAGCCCAGAGGACAACAGGAGGGCAACAAGAGGGCAACGAUGAAGUUGCUUUUCUGUA